UGGAUCUUGUAAUUUCCACAAAAAUAUAGAAGUUUUGGCCAAAAUUAUAAGCGUACCCUAAACCCAGCAAUGGCAGAAGUACAAAGAAGACCAGGGGGAAGGCCGCUGCCUCAGUCGGCGAGGGGUCCACCGCCGCCUCCUGCUGCCAAGCCUCGGCCUCGCUUCGAACCCGUCGACCGGGAGAAGACUUGUCCAUUGUUGCUUCGCGUUUUCACUAAGGUUGGAGACCAUCAUAUUGAUGGGGAGUUUGCGGUGAGGGGCAAGGAACCCAAGGAUGAGGUUCAAAUUUAUACAUGGAUGGAUGCGACUUUGCGUGAAUUAACUGAUCUGUUGUUUGUUUCCCAGGUUAAAGAGGUUGCUCCAGAGGCGAGAAGAAGAGAUGCUAUUCUGUCAUUUGCUUUUGUCUAUCCUGAUAAACGUGGUCGUUUUGUAGUUAGAGAGGUGGGAAGAACCUUUUCUUACCCCAAUGGGAGGCGACCUGACAGUGGAAGCAAAUCCUUGAGUGAGCUUAGCUUUCAGAUAGGUGAUUACUUGGAUGUUGCAAUUCUGUUGCAGUAACCAGUCUGCUUCAUGAUAUGAUAUCUAUGAACAUGUUGCGGGCUUGCUUUUUAGAGAUGGUGGCCCUUCCGACGUGCCUUCAAAUUUCUCUGUAUUUUGUAUGAUGCACUGGAGAGACAGUAAUCCAUGUAGUAGUAUCUCCACUAAGAAAUACUAUCGAGCCUAUAUAGGUUUUAGUUAUCUAGUUCCCCUACUUCCUGUGAACAAUUUUGUGCAAUUUGAUCGAGCUAUGAAGAACAAGAAAGUGCUUAUGAUAGUGAUUAAUGUAAGGCAAACAUGUUUUGAUUUAUGUUUGAGAAGGAUCUUGGUCGCUUCUGUCUA